AUGGAAGAUAAUGUGGUGAACAUUCCAAUGCUCACCUUCUCUUUUGUCAGAAUGGGGAAAACUAAAUUAUCCAAAUCAUAUAUUCUGAAUCAGGUUCUCAGCCCAGCACAGCAGCAUCAUGAAUUUUUUAUACAUUAUGACAUGCAAGGAGGGAACAUCGAGAGGAAAAUAUUUGAUGGACUAGUGGAAAUGUCCUGGUAUUUUCCUUCUGGUAGUGAAAAGUCAGACAUUUUCCCAGAGCCAAUCGCAGUGGCCAAUCUACGAGGAGACCUGCAGUCUAACUGGACACAGUUCACCUUCUUAACCCGGGUCUCAUCAACUGUGUUUAUAUUUACUGAGAGCACCGGGGAGAGAGAAUUCAGAAUGUUAUCAAACUGCGAAAGCAAAGACACCGAAUAUAAUUUCAUCAUCACUCCGAGUCCUGGGAAAGAUUUAACCACGGAGACAAUUCAGAAUCUGCAAAAAUUGGCAUCUAUACUGAAAACUGGAAAAAGCAGUAUAAUAGUUCAAAAAAGCACAGAAAAUAAAAAAUCAAUAGUGGAACAAAUUCAAUCCAGAAUAGAUUUUUCAAUAAAUAAUUCUCUUAAAAGAUCUAUUAAAAAUAUGGCUGAAGCGAUCAAUGUACUUGGUGUCCGUGUAGAUGAAAUGUCAGAGGAAUGCUUAAAAGCCAAAGAGCAUGCUGUAAAAAUAACCAAGGAGAUUAAACAAGUAAUUCAGUAUAAAAGGGAAACAAUGUUUCUACAGAGAGAUCUGUGGAAACAAAUAUCUAAAACGGAUAAAGAAAUGUGCAGAAUGAGAAACCAAGGAGCAAAGAAUAGAGUAGAAUAUUUGAAGGAACUGGAAGGUCAGUUGACUGGACUGCAUGAGCAAUAUCGUUAUAACCUUCCGAGCAGCAUCAAGCUUUUUAUUGAUGCCCUCAUUCAUUUUACUCUGAAAGAGAAGCAUUAUUUUUUUAAAUGGAUGAUUCUUAAACUUGAUUCAAUUGCUAGAAAUAAUCUGUCUUCUCUACAGACAGGAUCCACACUGAAUAUUGAACACUUCCUGCGUGAGAUGGGGCAGCUGUACGAGGCUGAAUGCGCCCUACUGAGAGAAAAACGCAUUCAUAAACUGAAGAUACAGUUUGAUAGACUCCCAGGAAUAGCUGCUGAUCUCCUGCUGGAUGGGUUCCCAUUGGAGCUGAUUGAUGGAGAUGCCUCCAACAUCCCCCUGCAGUGGAUAACUGAUGUCCUGACUGAGUUGGACACCAAGACCAGAGGACAAUGCAGAAUGAGAGUGAUCACUGUGCUGGGAGUUCAGAGUACGGGGAAAUCCACCCUUCUGAACACCAUGUUUGGUUUGCAGUUCCCUGUGGCCAAUAGAAGUUGUUCACGAGGGGCUUUCAUGACCCUUAUUAAAGUGAAAGAGGAUAUCUGGCAGGAGCUGGGCUGUAACUUUUUUCUGGUGAUUGAUACUGAAGGUCUGAAAGCUCCAGAAUUGUCUUCUCUGGAGGACAGUUAUGAACAUGACAAUGAGCUGGCCACAUUAGUAGUGGGGCUGAGUGAUAUCACCAUAAUUAACAUGGCUAUGGAGAACUCAUCAGAGAUAAAGGACAUUCUUCAGAGUGUGAUCCAUGCUUUUAUGAAGAUGGAGGAAAUAGGAAAAAAAACGAAAUGCCUGUUUGUUCAUCAGAAUGUGAAUGAUAUGCCCGCUCAGGAGGAGAAUAUGAAACACAGACAGAAACUCCAGGAUCAGUUGGAUGAAAUGACUAAUCGUGCCGCAAAGAUGGAAAAAAAGUAUGGAAUCACAACAUUUGGUGAAGUGAUGGACUAUGACAUUGAGAAAGAUCAUUGGUACAUUCCCGGCUUUUGGCUCGGAGUCCCACCCAUGGCUCCAGUAAACGCAGGUUACAGUGAAAAGGUCUCUGCUCUAAAAAAAUAUUUAUGGAAUUUUAUAAAAAAAUGUGUUAAUAAACCAUUGAACACACGUGAAAACAUUUCAUAUAUAUACAAUUUGUGGAAUGCAGUAAAACACGAGAAGUUUAUAUUCAGUUUGAGAAACAAUCUGGUGGAAGAAGCGUAUAACAAAUUGUCCAUAGAUCUCAACAUUUUGGAUUUUAUCAAUGCUGUGCACAGCUGGGUGGCUGAUACUGAGACCCUAAUUAAGAAUCAAUCAGCUGAUACACUAAAUGUAGAGACAUUUACAAGUCACAAGAAAAAUGAGCUAGCGAAGCUUCUAUGCAUGGAGGAAAUGAAAAUAUCAGAAUUGCUAGAAAAUUAUUCUCAGGAUAAAUCCAAAGAUGUGCACCUUCUAGAAGAAUACAAGAAAAUAUUUACAAAAGUAAAAAGUCUGAAAAAUGAACUCGAAAGAAAUGCUCAUAAUACAAUUAACAUGGCUCUCGAACUCAAGAAAGGGAAGCUUGAAACUCUGUGUAUUCAGAGUAAAUAUCAGAAAACAAUUGAAAGAAAAGUUAGGAUUCUCCUGGAGAAGUGCAAAAGGAAAAGCUAUCGGCUCAAUGAGACAGAUUUGAAAUUCAAGUUUGAUGACAUGUGGAGCGAGAUGAUCUCAGAAUUACAGCUCGAGAUAUUUAAGAUACAUGAUAUAAACCAAUCUAUGCUCAAAAAACUUUGCGAUAGCAUGCACUGGAAAGAAUCGAAUAUAAAAUCAAAAUUAAACAGCGUGAUAAGUUUGGAGGAAUACGGACUUAAUGAUUUUCUGGUGACAGAAAUGCACGAAACUCAUUCUUUUUCCUUGUUACCGAAAAAAAGCGGCAAGCUGUUUGCCAGACAGGACAAUGAUCAUAAAAUAAAGCCGUUUGCUGACUCCCUGAUCACAAUGUGUGAUCGAUAUGUUACAGAGAAGGUAAACCUCACAUCAGGAUAUAAUGACACUUACUGUAAGGAAUUGUUAGAAAUGAUCGAUAGCAAACUGUCUGGUAAAUAUACAAAAAAUGUGUCCCUGUCCCCUGUGUUUGAGUUAGAUAUCAAACUUCACAUUUUUGGGCGAGCUUUUCGUGGAUUUCAGAAGUUGCAGGACACCCUUAUACAAGAAGACAAUAAUCUGAAAAUGCUAAAACCUCAAUAUUUUACAAACUUUCUCAGCACUUACCACAAGACAACCCACAAUGCAUUCAAUGAUAAAGAGUUAAAUAUCAAAACUAGAUGGACAUUGCAAAAAUGAAACACACUUAGUGGCAUACACUGAAUGAGACACACUGAGUGACAUACACCGAAUGAGACACACUGA